AGUCAGUUAUCACCGCAUGCUUGGAUUGGGCACAAGUUAGAGUCGCGACGAGUGUGCGAGAACAGAACAUAUUAUUUUUGCUCACAUAUUAAUAGAAGAGUUAGGAAAAAAGUAGAACCCAUUGAUAUAGGAGGAGAUUUGGCGCGUGGCGGUUUAAAAGUACCAGUGACCAGGCGCAUUAUCAGCUGAACAUUAUCUGAGCUAACAAGCAAUACUGCUCACGGAGUGCCAAGAGCUUGUAUGUUCCGGUUUAGCGGAUUGGUGGUCAGUCGUAAAACAGAAGUCGCGUGCUGUGGUCGGUUUGGGGAAUUUGCGUGUGCUUUCCGGGUUGUAAGAUUCGAAGAAUUAGUGCCAUCCUGAUAAGCGGUUGGAAUUGGAACAAAAACUUCAUCGGUCAGGACAGUGCCACAGAAUGCGCAUGGAUUUAGAUCAAUGAUUCAAAGGGUGUGUAGAACAUCACAGUUUUCUGAUGAAACACAGCAGUAAACAAACAAAGGGGCCGAUGCGAUGAUGAUUAAUGUUCCUCACUAAAAAAAAAAGGGAACAGUCAUGGUUGUGGAUUGCCGCGGUUAUCGAGUAUGCUGUCAUCAACGCCUCCAACAAGAAACAGAAAGAGAUUUUAACUGCAGAAUGCGCACAAAGUUUGUCCAAACGCUGGCCGAUUGCCAGUUGGAGCUGAAAGGCCUGAAGACACGCUACGAGUUUGAAAAGGCGAAACCCUCGGAAGACGACGACGACGAAGAAGAAGCAGAUGACGAGUUCAUCGACGUGACUGGGGAUGAUUCUUCGACGGAAGUGCAACGGAAGAUCAUCCCGAAUCUGGAACAACCACCGUCGAAGAUCUACUACGACAACAUUGAGAAGGAAUCCAGCGACGGAGGGUUCUUCGAUCGUGACGAUCUGGAGGACGAGGACGAGAAGAAUGAUCUGAUCAUAGACUGUAAGCUCAACCAAGGAGAGACUGGGGAAAAGAAGACUGAUAGUGGAAUCUGUGGUAAUCCGAAAACUCCCACGGCGGAACCGGAACUAGUGUUCAACUUCACCGUGGUGGAUACUCAACUAAUUUACAAUGAAGGUGGUGGAUCGAAAUCGACAAACUCUAGUAAUCUUCGAUGUGGAGUUGGUGACGGGCCUGUGGUGUCGAUAACGAUACCUCCGCCUAGCAGAGCAUCUCCAGUACAGGAGAAACAUAGUUUACUAGCAGCUAAACUUAAGGAAGUUCGGAUUCAUCCGUAUGCAAGAAUACCACCAACGCUUUCGAAUAGACCGAAGAGAAUAGACGAAUAUUCCUCGAGUUUACCCACGAGUUCACCAGUUCGGAGAGAUGGGCUUCAUCGGAUUCACCAAAGAAGCGAACCCAUCGGCAGUAGAUACAGACCUUCUGCCUUCUCACCUCCAGCGAAAGUUCACGUUGUGCCCCAGUCCGUGCAUCUGCAGGCAUCAAUGAGACCUUCAACCAAAUUAAUCCCUUUAUCGCCAACACAAUUACCUCCUCAUCAAAUACUUCGGAAACCUCCAAAGAAGCUCUAUCGUCAACUACCACAAGUGCAACAACUGGCACCUUAUCCGCCGUUUAACCAGUUCAACUCAAAGGUCCAACCGCCAACCGAUAAAAACCACCAACACCCACAGCGACUGCUGAUAUCCCCGGAGGUCCCGAAAUCACCCCGCUAUCUCCCGCCACAGUUCGGCUUCGGAUCGUCCGUCCUCAACAACCUGUACGACCCGGAACGGCCGCUGGACUUCUCCAAAAACUCACUCCUGUGUCAGUACGAAAACAUGCUCAAAUGUCCCCAGCAACAGCAGAUCCACCAGGGCCACUCGAUUCUCCGCUCAAUGCCCCUACCAACGCCCCCAAAACCGCCGAAAAGCGCUUGCCGUCCCAAAGUGGUCCCUCUGAAACAACACCCCACCCUCUACCGAAUCCACCAUCCCCGUACCCAUCCAGCGAACGAACCCCUAAGUCCCUCUACAAAACAACUCCCAGUCCCCCCAGAACCCCCGCUAAUCGUAACGGAAUCCUUCCGGCAACAUAUGAACAUGGAGAUCGAAAAGUUCUUCAGCCGCCGUCAAAGUGAGAUUUGCCAAGCGCUUCGGCUGUUCGCCAAUGAAGCCAUCAGCCUGGACGACCUGUUCCGUCGGCUGGAACACUUCCAGGUUCGCUUCAGCCGGGACUACAACGGUCUCGCUUGGACCAUGGUCGAACGGUACGGCUAUCGGAUGCGAAGGGGCGCACAACCUACGCAGCCGACCGCCUAUCGCUUCAAGGAACCACCUCAGAGCUUUGCCGAGUAUUUUCGAAGCCUGAAGGAUUCCCUUCGACCGCACGUGCCGGAGGAAACGUUAAACAUCUAUCGUCUGGUGGUCGGAAGUCUGCUGGAGCAGUUCCGGGACUCGUUGGAGGACUUUCUCUCUAGGAACCUACACUGAGCUGAAUGUGAUGGGGGAAUAUACGUAGGAUGAAUGAAUACAGGGUAAAAAGUAAACAGGGCAUAUACCAACAUAACCAGCGAAGAAGAAUGCAUUGUCAAUCUUUUGGAGAAUUAUGUGCGUGAAAUUCACAUCCCUCCUAGUGAGUUUUGAUCGUAUCGCAAAGCUUCGCUCAAGGUAUAGCUCACAGGAAUCCCCCACAGGGUAUAGUUUCAGAUACACAGCAAAUGGUGCCAUCGUCCUACUAAAAGUACAAUGCUCGAAUAGUGUUUAGCCUUAAUCGAUGUGCCUCAAAAUGUAGAAUGUCCAUAAGCAAGCGAAUGAGUGUUGACAGCUUUAUUAGGUUUCGUAAGUUUCGAUAAAUAGUAGAAAAUACGCCUCAUCUAGACUAGAUUUACUGUGCAUAGAAGAAUCGGUAGAUGUGAUAUAGAUAUGUAAUGUUUUAAGAAAAAGCAUUUUAAAGCUAACUGUGGUAACAAUGCUGAAAAUGGCCGUUUUGA